AUGGUAAAACAGUCGAAGUACGCGCAGUCGCUCCUGUUUAGCACGAUGGCGAUGGCCUCCUUGGCUACACCUCGAAGAGAAACCUGUCCGGCAUCAUACUGCCCUGCCAAGCCUCAGUUUCUGCCCACAAUCAUAAGUGAAGGAACAUGCCCCGCUGACUGGGCCUUAGCCGAGGAGGUCCCUGAUUGGGCUGUACAGAAACGAGGCUGGUAUCCUACCAUCAGGAUGAGCUCAUUGGAGAAGGCCUCCGCCGAAUGCCUGAAUCGUUCGACAGCCGGACACAGUCUGAUGAAAGGGCUAGAACAAGCACAACAGAUAACUCAGGCUGUGAAUGCUGGCAUGAAGCUCUAUUUAUCGCUUUGA